AUGAUAGGCCAUACUGAGUCAAAUGAAAAUCAUCCUUAUUUUUCAUCUCAUACGCCCAUAAAGGGCUAUCAACUUGAACAAGUACAGAUCGUCAUUCGUCGCGGUACACGGUACUCAAUUCAAAGUGGCAUGUAUUCCGAAAAACUCAACACAAGUACCAACAGAGAUUUGAUUGGCUGGAUAGAUACUUACCAAAACGACUAUUUGCCACAUCGCACAGGCCAACUGGACAUACACAGGACUCGCCAGUAUCCAGAAUUCAUGAAGGCACUAAAUUUAUCAGUGAUACAAGUUUCUACCUCUCUGUUAAGCCGUGCGUUACAGUUAGCCCAAGCCUUUUGUUUAGGUACUUUUGAAGGAUUAGGAUUCUGA